AUGACCGCCCGCCUGGUCCUGAUCAUCGGUGACUUGUUCAUCCCCGACCGAGCCCCUGAUCUCCCGGCCAAGUUCCGCAAACUACUCACUCCCGGGAAAAUCGGCCAGAUCCUAUGUCUGGGGAACCUGACCGACCGCGACACCUAUGAGUUCCUUCGCCAGGUAGCUCCGGACCUGCAAAUGGUCAAGGGAGACUAUGAUGUGGACUCUCCCAACCUACCACUCUCGAAAAUUGUCAAUCAUGGUAGCCUGCGCAUAGGCUUUACCCACGGCCACACGGUUAUUCCUCCAGGCGACGCUGAUGCCUUGUUGAUUGCGGCUAGGCAGAUGGAUGUGGAUGUAUUGCUCUGGGGUGGCACACAUCGUUUCGAGGCAUUCGAGAUGGAGGGCCGCUUCUUCAUCAACCCCGGCAGCGCGACUGGCGCAAUGAGCUCAGGAUACUGGCCAGAGGGUGAAGAACCCACGCCGAGCUUCUGUCUGAUGGACAUCCAAGGCGAUGUCCUGGUGCUGUACGUCUACCAACUCAAGACGGAUACUAAUGGCGUCGAGAACGUGUCGGUUGAGAAGGUUUCCUAUCGCAAGAACCACGCCCCAGCCCCCGUAUCUGCCCCAGCCUCGUAA